AUGAAAAAUAUCGUCAUUGGAUCAUUCUAUCGGCCACCUUAUGCUAGUAUACAAACUCUUGAACACUUAAACGAAUCAGUAUCCAGAGUUAAAGAAAAAUGUAAAGACAAAAUCAUCAUACUAGCCGGCGACUUUAACCUACCUCACAUAGACUGGAAUUCAUUGGCAGUCAAGACUAGUUGCAAUCAAAGUAACCAACAUCACUACCUCUUAAAUAUAGCUGAAGAACAUGGUCUAGAACAAAUACAAAUGAACCAAACCAGACAAGACAAUAAUCUGGAUCUGUACUUCCCAUCUCACCCCAGCUUAGUAAAAACUUGUGACACCGUACCGGGCAUCUCAGAUCAUGAAAUGGUCAUCGUGGACUCUGAUAUAAAACCAAAAUAUAACAAGCCAAAAAGACGCAAAAUCUAUCACUAUAAAAAAGCUAACUGGGAAAAUAUUAAAGCAAAAAUGUGUAGAUUAUCAUCUGAAGUUUGUAACAUGAAAAACGUUGAGAACUGUUGGAACGAUCUUAAAACUGGAAUUAACAGCAUUCUGGACUCUGAAGUACCAUCCAAAUUGUCAUCGAACAAACACAGUCAUUCAUGGAUCACAUCAUCUUUGAAAAAUAAAAUUGAAAAGAAACUACAUCAAAAAGCUAAAUUCUCAAAAAGCAAGGAGGACUGGGAAAAGUUCAGAUCGUACAAAAGUGUAAUCCAAAAAGAAAUUAGAAAUGCGCACUGGACUAAUGUCAAUGAAUCUCUGUCUAAAAGUAUGCAAGUUGGAAACAACAAAUCAUUCUGGAAGUACAUUAAAUCAAAACGCUGUGACAAUGUUGGGGUAGCGGGUCUCAAACGCAAUGGUGUUCUCCAUCAGGACAGUCGAACAAAAGCAGAAAUCCUUAACAAUCAAUUUAAAUCUGUAUUCACUAAAGAAAAUCCAUAUGCUCAGAAACCACAACUAAAUGAAAAUCGAUACCCGGACAUAAACGAUCUCAAAAUAACAACAUCUGGUGUGAAAAAACUUUUGAGUAAACUGAACAUAAAUAAAGCAAGUGGUCCUGACAGCAUCCCAAACAGAAUACUACGUCACUGCUCCGAAGAACUGGCUCCAGCAAUAACACAUAUCUUUCAGAUAAGUCUAUCUACUGGCACUCUACCCUCAGACUGGAGAAAAGCGAAUGUUUCGCCCAUCUUUAAAAAAGAGAAGUCGCCACGAAGCCACGAGAGUUAUUGUUGA